GAAAAGGAACGGAUUUACCCAAGUAAGAUGCCCCUGAAAUGAUAUUACGCUCUCUGAAGAGAUGAUAUGAAUGCAUUCGGAUGGAUAUCCACCUGUGGCUCAGGGUUCUGUUGGUCUACCAUGACGUCACACAGGACCGCAGCAGCAACAAAGCAGAAGUUUUUCCACCGAGACAACCUGGGGACGCAGCAGCAACUCCAGGACUGAGGGGCUUUUUUAAAGGAAGUUAACGACACCCAGCAUUAUGUAACGUGGUAAUCAUUGUUAUGGUUAAACCAGUCAUUUAUUUCAACCUGGUAUUUAAUUAUUAUUGCAAAAGAAAUGAACAAAAGUAAGUAAACAAUGUAAUUUUCUCCAAAAGUUGCUCAAAGAUGGGACGCGCGGCCACUUUUUCACUUUUUUUUGCCAUUUUGCGCAUCUGGGGAUUAAUCGACUUCAGUAUUACCCGGUGAACCAAGAGGACCGCCUCUCUCAGGGGAACCAUGUCCGUGGACCGGGCUCGAACCUCGCCGCCGGAGCAGUCCGCAGAGUACUCAGCGGAGUAUUCCGCGCAGGUGCCCGGGUCGCGGGACGUCACCGUGGUUCAGUCGCGCGGCUGCGGAUGCCUGCCGCGCGCCGCGCGCCUCAAGUUCGCGCCCGAGUCGCUGGAGAGAAUUUACCAAAACUACUUUCGCCGACAGAGGCAAGAGAACCUGCUCGUGUUGGCGGUGUUCGCGGCGCUCUUCAACGGCUUCGUCGUCCUCAUGUGCGCGGUGGCGUACACGCGGGACAAGCUGGCGAUGGUGGUGGUCGCGGCGGUGGGGCUGGCCGCGGACCUGGCGCUUUACGCGCUGUGCCGGCUGGACCUGCUGCGCGCGUCGCCGGUUUUGCGCGGCGCGGUGCCGUACGUCCUGUGGCUGAUGGUCGCCGUGCACGUGCUGUGUUACGCGGGCCUGAACCACGAGCGUUUCCCCCACGCCAGCGACGCCGUGGGCUGGCAGGCGUUCUUCAGCUUCUGCAGCUUCCUGACGCUUCCGCUGAAUCUGGCGCCGCUGCUGCUCCUCACGGCCAUCGCCUGCGCGACGCACACCUUGGUUCUGGGCGUCGCCGUGGCCAAGAGGCUCGAGGACAACCUGCAGGGGCACGUGCUGGCGAGACAGCUCUUAGCCAACUGGAUGCUGAACCUGUGCGCGGCCACGGUGGGCGUGAUGUCCUACUACAUGGCGGACAGGAAGUACAGGACGGCGUUCCUGGAGGCCCGUCAGUCCCUGGGGGUGAAACUCACGCUGGAGGAGCAGAGCACCCAGCAGGAGGAGCUGUUACUCUCCAUCCUGCCCAAACACAUCGCCGAUGAGAUGCUGCAGGGGAUGAAGAGCCAGGCCGAUCAGAACGAGGUCCAGCAGCAGCAGUUCAACACCAUGUACAUGUACCGCCACGAAAACGUCAGCAUCUUGUUUGCGGACAUCGUGGGCUUCACCCAGCUGUCCUCCACCUGCAGCGCCCAUGAGCUCGUGAAGCUGCUCAACGAGCUGUUCGCCCGCUUCGAUAAACUGGCAGAAGAGCAUCACCAACUGAGGAUCAAGAUCCUCGGAGACUGUUACUACUGCAUCUGCGGGCUCCCCGACUUCAGGAAUGACCACGCUGCCUGCUCCAUCAUGAUGGGCCUGGCCAUGGUCGACGCCAUCUCGUACGUGCGAGAGAAGACCAAAACGGACGUGGACAUGCGCGUGGGCGUCCACUCGGGCACCGUGCUGGGAGGCGUGCUCGGCCAGAAGAGGUGGCAGUUCGACGUCUGGUCCACGGACGUCACCGUGGCCAACAAGAUGGAAUCCGGGGGGAUUCCUGGGAGGGUGCACAUUUCCCAGACCACCAAGGACAGUCUGCACGGGGAAUUUGAACUGGAGCUGGGGGAUGGAGGAGAGAGGUGCGAGUACCUGCUGGAGAAAGGCAUCGACACUUACUUGGUUCUGGUGCCUAACCAGGUGGCGAAUGGGCUCAGUCGACAUAAAUCCGGCACAUUGUCAAACAGAAAUUCAAACCAGUUAAUCAACACUACAGCAACCAAUGGGAAUGCAGCCUCAUCCCAAUCCACGCCCACUGAGUCCAAACAGGAGAGGAACAAGGCUGUCGAGGAGCAAGUGAUCAACAGACGUUUACAGCAGGAGCUGCUGGACAGAGAAACACAGCAAAUAAUGAAGGAUCACCAGAUCAACCCGCUGUCGCUGCGUUUUCUGGAUGCAAAGUUGGAGGAGCAGUACUCCUCGGAGAAGGAGAAGCGGAGCGGAGCGGCCUUCUGCUGCUGCAUCGUGGUGCUCUUCUUCAUCGCAGCAAUGGAGGUGUUCAUAGACCCACUGUUGGCUGUGAACUACGUGACUCUCGCAGUAGGCGAGGUGUUGUUGCUCAUCCUCACGCUGUGCUCCCUGGCUGCCAUCUUUCCCAGGAUGUUCUCUAAGAGGUUGGUGUCUUUCUCGGUGUGGAUUGAUCGCACGCGGUGGGCCAGAAACACCUGGGCCAUGGCGGCCAUAUUUGUUCUCACCAUGGCUGUGAUCGCUGACAUGCUGAGCUGUGCUCCGCCGUCCCUUCGCGUCUUCAACAGCACCUCCGGCCCCGUGUUGGAGUCACUGGGGGACCGAGGCUGUGCAGACAACCCAAAGCACUACAGCUUCAUGGCUGUGAUGUCACUCAUCGCCACCGCCAUGUUGGUGCAGGUCGGCCACCUCAUCAAACUGGGCCUCAUGGUGCUGGUCGUCACGGCGACUGGUGCUGUCAAUAUCUACAGCUGGCGGGACAUAUAUGACCUGUAUGACUAUAUGCAGUUUCCCUCAAACAGAACAUCCAUAGUACCAUCCAAGUACCUGAUGACCGUGAUGAUCGUUGUCAUGAUGAUCGACUUCUACCUCUUUGCCCGUCACCUGGAGCUCCAGUCCAGGAAGCUGUUCCUGUGGAAGAUGGGUGUGCACGACCAGAAGGAGAGGGUGUUUGAGAUGAGACGCUGGAACGAAGCGCUGGUCACCAACAUGCUGCCGGAGCACGUGGCCAAACACUUCCUGGGCACUAAAAAGCGAGAUGAGGACCUUUACAGCCAGUCCUACAAUGAAACAGGCGUGAUGUUUGCGUCCAUCCCCAACUUUUCUGACUUCUACACCGAGGAGAGCAUCAACAACGGGGGCCUCGAGUGUCUCAGGAUUCUCAACGAGAUCAUCUCUGACUUUGACAGCUUGCUGGACAGGGACGAUUUCCGCUACAUCACUAAGAUCAAGACAAUAGGCAGCACCUACAUGGCUGCAUCGGGACUCACCCCAGAGAGCAACACCAACGAAUACAGCAACCGCAAGCCGGAGGACCAGUCGCUGAUCGAGCGCUGGCAACACCUCUCCGACCUGGCGGACUUCGCCUUGGCCAUGAAGGUCACCCUGAACAACCUGAACAAACAGUCCUUCAACAACUUCAUGCUUCGGAUCGGUCUGAACAAGGGGGGAGUUUUGGCUGGAGUAAUUGGAGCUCGCAAACCUCACUACGAUAUCUGGGGCAACACGGUCAACGUGGCCAGCAGAAUGGAGUCCACCGGAGUGAUGGGAAACAUCCAGGUGGUGGAGGACUGCUACGACAUCCUGAAGGAGUAUGGCUUCCGCUUCAUCCGGAGAGGGCCUAUAUUCGUCAAAGGGAAAGGGGACCUGCUGACCUUCUUCAUGAAAGGAAAAGACAAACCCAGGAGCAACGGCGGUCCAGUGACCACCGUCCUGCCGCACCAAGUCGGCGACCAGUGAACGUUCUCAACCCCCGGGUGAAAAGCCACUAAUGGCAAGAUGAGCCCGGGGGACAAUGUCCACUUGGCCCAUUUUCUCUCAUAUACACAUCAUACAAUUAUAAGCAUUACAGCUGUGGAAUACCAUUUCACCCAUAAAGAAACGUAAUACGGUAAACCGAUGGUGUAUAAUUGUACAUAAUUCCGAAAUGCAUUUGGCAAUGAGAAUAACCAGCUGGGGACAGAUAUAUAAAACGCUCUCCCUUGUUUAAUCUAUUUUGUUUAUAUUUUUGAUUUAGCUAAACAUUGCGCUUAAUCACACUGUACCUCUGUGGUAAUAAAAAAUGUUUGAGUUAUGUUUUUGAGAUUACUGUGCUGAUCACUCUGUUUUUAGAAUUGUUAUACACUAUAAUAAGGCAAGAUUUAAAAUAACAUUAUACCAUAUAGGAUCCAUUAUAUAUUGCUAAUGAAAUAAGUUACAUGCUAAAUGUUAGCAUGUUGCUACUACUAUGUUCCCAUACUAAAGUUAUGCACUGUUACAAGA